ACCUCUCUGCACUACAUGAACCCGUACCAGAUGAACGCCUACGCUCUGGCGCUGAAGGCGGUCGGGGAGAUCAUCCAGGACUACGACAGCGAUAAGAUGUUUCCCGCGCUGGGAUUUGGAGCCAAGCUGCCUCCCGACGGGAGAGUCUCACACGAAUUCCCACUGAACGGUAACAUGGAGAAUCCCUACUGUAACGGUAUCGAGGGCAUCUUGGAGGCGUACCACCAGAGUCUGAAAACAGUACAACUCUACGGACCUACGAACUUCGCACCCAUCAUCAACCACGUGGCACGGUAUGCGGCGGCGGUUCAGGACGGCUCCCAGUACUUCGUGUUACUGAUCAUCACCGACGGCGUAAUAUCAGACAUGGCACAGACCAAAGAGGCCAUCGUGAACGGCGCUAAGCUUCCCAUGUCCAUCAUCAUCGUAGGAGUUGGACAGGCCGAGUUUGACGCCAUGGUGGAGCUGGACGGAGAUGACAUCAGAGUGUCGUCGCGAGGGAGACUAGCCGAGAGGGACAUCGUGCAGUUCGUGCCGUUUCGUGACUACAUGGAUCGUACCGGUAACCACGUGCUGAGCAUGGCGCGGCUGGCGAAGGACGUCUUGGCCGAGAUCCCCGACCAGUUCAUCUCCUACAUGAAGAGCCGCGGCAUCAAACCGAACCCCGCGCCGCCCCCGUACACACCCCCCGGACACACGCACACGCACACACACCACACGCAGAUCUGA